UACUCUAAUGAGUUUAACUCUACUGAGUUACUUUUAUUUCAAGGCAAACUUUGCGCUCUUACUUAUUUUCUUUUACAGACUAAAAAACGAUUGAAAAGAAUCUUUCUUAAAAUUCUUAUGAAG